AUGGCCCCGAAAGAAGGAGGCAAGGAAAAGGAUAGCUCCAAGGUGCACAAGCUUGCACUCAGGGGUAGUGCCAAGCUCGUCGCCGAGUUUUUCCAAUACUCCAUCCAUACUAUUCUGUUCCAGCGAGGUGUCUACCCAGCUGAAGACUUCACCGCUGUCAAAAAAUAUGGCCUCAACAUGCUUGUCUCCGCCGAUGACCAGGUCAAGGCCUACAUCAAAAAGAUCAUGAGCCAACUGGACAAGUGGAUGAAAUACGGGAAAAUCUCCAGGCUAGUCAUCGUCAUCACCGACAAGGACACUGGAGAGAACGUGGAGAGAUGGCAGUUUGACGUCCUCCUAGGGAAUCUCAAGCCUUCAAGAUCGAAGAGCACCACCAGGGACGCAGACCAGGAGAAUGCUGGUCCUGGAGCCACUUCCGCCACCCCUGAACCUGAGAAGACCGAGAAGGAAAUCCAGGACGAAAUCGCCGCGCUCUUCCGCCAAAUCACCGCAUCCGUUACCUUCCUCCCCCAGCUGGCCGGCGAUUGCACCUUCAACGUACUAGUCUACGCCGACGCGGACAGCGACGUGCCCGUAGAAUGGGGUGACAGCGAUGCAAAGGAGAUCGCCAAUGGCGAGAGGGUCCAGCUGCGCGGAUUCAGCACGAGCAAUCACCGCGUCGACACGCUAGUGAGCUACCGGUUGGCGGAUUGA